GGUCUGGUGAAUUGGGACCCAGUGGACAUGACAGUACUGGCAGAUGAGCAAAUUGACGAACAGGGCUGCUCCUGGCGUUCAGGGGCCAAGGUGGAGAAGAAAUAUCUGACUCAGUGGUAUCUGCGCGACACUGUGUUUUCACAGUCUCUCCUAGAAGGUCUUGAUGAGGUGGACCCCACCUUGUGGCGUGACAUCAUUUCCGUGCAGAAGAACUGGAUCUCUGACUGCACAGGACAUCGAAUUGACUUUGGCAUUGAACUGACGGAUGGAAGUUUGGACUUCCCUGUUUCGAUCUACACCGAGAAUUUAGAUCUCAUCCAUGGUGUUUCUCAUGUUUGUGUGUCCCCUGAGCAUUAUCUGGCAGUAGACUGUGGAGUGACAGUGGCAG